GCCGCCCCCAAUUCGUGUCAGACGUGAUGGCGGCCGACAUCAUGAAGACGCGCGACGUGGGAUUGCCUCCAUACAACCGCUACCGAGAGCUGUGCAAGCUGCCUGUGGCCGAGCACUUCCACGACCUCUACCAGUGGAUGCCCAAGGAGCAAGUGGAGGCCAUAACGGCGGCCUACGAGCACAUAGACGACGUGGACCUGAUGGCCGGGCUGCUGGGCGAGAGGGCCAUGCCAGGAGCCGUCAUGGGCCCGACGCUGGCCUGCAUCAUGACGGAACAGCUGCUGAGAUGGCGCAGGUCCGAACGGUUCUGGUACGAGAAUACCGUACACCCUGGCGCUUUUACUGGAGAACAACUGCGCGAGAUCAAGCGCAUCUCCAUGUCGAAAAUCAUGUGCGCGCACGCAGACUCUGUAGAAGCCAUCCAGCCGAACGUGUUCUACCUGCCUGGACGCGGAAACGAGAUAACAGACUGUUCCCGCUAUGAGGCUUUCAACUUUGCUCCGUGGAAGGACCACGAGUGCGAGCGGGACGGAGAAUACCUUUUCAAGAUACCCCACCAGACGUGGUGGUCGCCUUACUUGCCUUAA